AUGGAAACUCAGCCAAUCGUAUUGUUCGCUGUCUUGGUGGUUUCCCUGAUGCAAGCGGGCUGCGUAAAGAUCUCUAACCGCGGCGCGCUCGUGGGAGAGCAUCGUAAAGCCUUCGUAGGUUCAUAUUCCGACCUCAGUCUCCAGUCGUAUCCCAGGUACCCGCUGUACAUGAUGCAGUUAUACAGAGACUUAAGCGGUAAGAUGCCUGCUACUCCAGCCAGUGCCGACAGCCCAGCUCUUCACCAGUCCGACUUCGUCCUAAGCCUGAUUGCGCAAGACUGUCAUCAAAUUGGUGAGCGAUGGUCCGUCACUUUCGACAUGUCUUCCCUCUCAGCGAGAGACAGCAUUCAACUUUCAGAGCUCCGCAUCCGGCUGCCAGCGUUUUCUGCAUCCAGACGCGUUAUUGUGGACAUCUUCCACUUACAGACACAGGAUUGUGAGUCUGACUCUGUGUUUUGUCACCAUAAGCGACUUUUUAUAGGCAGCAUCAAGUCGGUGCCCGGCACUUCAACAUCGUCCUGGAGAGUUUUCAAUGUCACGGAGUUACUCGAGCACUGGUUGAAUCAGAGAACCGAGGCACCUGAACAGAUCCCGACACCUGAUGCCGGAGAGGACACCGGAAGCGGGGAAGACUUACCUGAACCUGUUACAAAUAGCUGGAGAAGAAAAAUCCAGCAUCCCACAGCAGAACGAGUUAUGAUUGUAGUUUUCUACAAAAACAAACUUUCCCACAGUGGCCAGCAGCGUGCCUCCAGCUUGAUCAAUACAGUGGCUGUCUUGGUGGUUUCCCUGAUGCACGCGGGCUGCGUAAAGAUCUCUAACCGCGGCGCGCUCGUGGGAGAGCAUCGUAAAGCCUUCGUAGGUUCAUAUUCCGACCUCAGUCUCCAGUCGUAUCCCAGGUACCCGCUGUACAUGAUGCAGUUAUACAGAGACUUAAGCGGUAAGAUGCCUGCUACUCCAGCCAGUGCCGACAGCCCAGCUCUUCACCAGUCUGACUUCGUCCUAAGCCUGAUUGCGCAAGACUGUCAUCAAAUUGGCGAGCGAUGGACCGUCACUUUUGACACGUCUUCCCUCUCAGCGAGCGACAGCAUUCAGCUUUCGGAGCUCCGCGUCCGUCUGCCAGCGUUUUCUGCAUCCAGACGCGUUAUUGUGGACGUCUUCCACUUACGCAAACAGGAUUGUGAGUCUGACUCUGUGUUUUGUCGCCAUAAGCGACUUUUUAUUGGUAGCAUCAAGUCAGUGCCCGGCACUCCAACAUCAGGCUGGAGAGUUUUUAACAUCACAGAGCUACUCGAGCACUGGUUGAGUCAGGGGACGGAGACACCUGAGGACGGAGAGGACACCGGGAGCGGGGAAGACUUACCUGAACCGGUUACAGAUAGCUGGCGACGAAAAAUCCAGCAUCCCACUGCAGAACGAGUUAUGAUUGUAGUUUUCUACAAAAACAAAUUUUCCCACACUGGCCGACAACGUGCCUCCAGCUUGAUCAGUACUGUGGCGCACUCCAAAUAUGUCGUCCUGAACCGGGCACCAGACGCAGCUCAAGCUCGACGCCACAAAAGGAACCGGGUCGAGAGGAUGCGCGCAACGGCUGAUAGAAACGCCACGGGAAUAGUAACACCUCUAGAGCAACAACAAGGGUCACUUUGUCGGCGAGUCGAUAUGUGGGUGGAUUUUGAUCAGAUUGGAUGGGAUGAAUGGAUCGUGCAUCCAAAGCGUUAUAAUGCUUACCGCUGCGAAGGCGAAUGCCCAAGUCCGCUGGACGAGUCUUUCAACCCAACAAACCACGCCUAUAUGCAGAGUUUGUUGAAGCUUUACCAUCCGGAGCGCGUCACCUGUCCGUCAUGUGUGCCGACGCGCCUCAGCCCGCUCUCCAUGCUGUACUAUGAAGGCGAUGGUGUGGUCAUGCGCCACCACGAGGACAUGAUCGUGGAGGAGUGCGGUUGUCAGUGA